CGCUGGUAUGAUCAUACGUCGUCCAUAGCACUCGCCCAACCUCCAAUACUCUGAUCGUGCCGUCAUCCGUGCCUGCGACUGGCAGCUGAGGGCCUCGAGGACGUCUUAGGCAGCGUCGAGCACUCACACGCUUCCAUUCCCUCGAUAUCCCCGGCCUGCGCGACAGCCAAUAAACCUGCUCAUCUUCCUUCCCUCCUGAUACCGACCACACUCUCCUUUGCUCUCUUUCGAACUUUCCACGACUGGGCGACCGCAGUGAUGCCCGAGUACGUCUAUGCGCUCCACGAUUUCGCCCCGGAGCACGACGACGAGGUCCCGUUCCGCGCUGGUGAGCGGAUAGAAGUGCUGGAGAAGGAUGACUUAUAUGGGGACGGCUGGUGGCAGGGUCGAAAUCUCGCGGGUCAGACGGGUCUUUUCCCUCAAAGCUAUACCACCCCUGCUCCUCCCGCUGCUUCCGUGUCUCCUCCGCACUCAUCGGCGGCGCCUCCAGCGCCAGCGCCAGCCACUGGCAGCAGCUCCGCCCUGCAAACACUAUCAGAAGAGCCCGAAUCGACCGCGGCCAGCCCUCCUGCUACGACAAACGGUAACCACACAAGGGCGGCCAGCCAGGGCGAGGAAGUUAUGCGGGCAACUAUGACAGAUGUGCAGCAGGCUAUCGAGCAGCUGGGCCGGAGCGAUCGGGACGGUGCGCGCAGCUUCAGCUUCGCGAGUACGCGCGAGGGCGACGUCACUGAUCGAGAAAGCGAGAGCGAGGCAAUGCUGGAGUCCGAUGCAGAGGGGGAGAACUGGCACAAGGACGCGCGGCAGAGGCUGGCGGAGCAGGCGAGAAGGGCGAACGAGCGGGCUGCAGCGGCUGAAGCUGCUCAGCUGGAGAGCCUGCGUGCGUCGGGCCCGCCGAUUGAAGCUGAGAUGAGUGAUGAGAGCGAGGACGAGGACGAGGGCUCUCCGGACCUCCGGCGGCACUCGCACAUCACAGAGGAGGACGAGGAAGAUACGGGUCCAGCGAUCAUGGCUAUUAUCGCGAAUUCAGUUGCAGAAGAAGCUCCUAGCAUGUCAUCCCACGAACUUUAUCUCCCCCCGACAGACGAGAAUGAGGCUCAAACUGCUACAGCUAGAAGGACGUCAUUCCCGGUUAUAUACCCCCCUAUCCAGGCUUCAACAAGUGCAGAGAACGUUGCUCCUCCAACACCUACGUCCCCCAUGUCGUCACCCUUGCUUAUCCACAAGGAACCGUCGACGAACCGGUUGUCUGUUGAAAGCAAGACUGCUCAGAGUUCCACCACCGCUAUAGUAUCCACCUCCGCAACAAUGCGGGACGUCACACCCGGCCUUCCUUCGCCAUCCGCCUCGUCCAUCCAGAUGCCGCAACCGCAGACGAUUGUUGUGACUUCUGCACCUGCGAUGCCACCUGCCCAGCAUGCAGAACCCCCGGAGUUAGCUCCCACGUCGGACGAAUUGCUCAAGAAGCCCUCCUCGCAUCCCACAGAUUGGACAGUGGAAGAAGUUGUUGAAUGGCUCAAAUCGAAAGGGUUUGACCAGACUGUAUGCGACAAGUUCAUCGAGCAAGAGAUUACCGGAGAUGUCCUCCUCGAACUAGAUGCUAACCUGCUCAAGUCAGAGAUCGGGAUCGCCGCUUUUGGGAAGCGCGUCCGGAUAGCCAACGCUAUCCAGGAGCUACGCCGCCCUCCGUCUAUAGUCUACUCUGACCAUCAGCCAUCGAACAUCAUCACGCAAGCCUCGCCCUCACAGCCCUCACAAGGCUUCUCCCACUCUCGUUCACAUUCUUAUUCACACUCUCACUCCCACUCGAUUCAGAGCUCGGCGCAGAGCGUCGGCCGGAGCCCGACUACGCCGGCCACAGCCAACACGAUGAGCACUGCGCCCGAAUCCGCUGGUUUCUCAUCCAUGAUCGGCAGCGACAGCGGCACCGGCGAGUUCACGCUGCCUAGUCCCGAUGCUCGACAGAGCACGAAGGAGUUCCUGGAAUCUCGCAGGGAGUCGGCAAGAUCCAAUUUAAACGCGACUGCCGAUCAGGAUCAGACGAAAUUUGGGCUAGGGCUCGCGGUUCCUGGAGAGCCCAAUGGGGCGGAGACGAAUGGCAAGUCAGCCAAGAACCGUCCGCCGCAACUUACAUUAUCGCCGAGUGAUGGUGCGCUGGCCGCGAAGGCUGCAUCGGCCGAGCAGCUGUUGGAAGGCCGGGAUGAAGAUCGGGCUGCCAUGAGCGAGGGUGAGACUGCACAAGCUUCUCCGACAAAGGCGAAGAAGACCGCCCGUCGCAUGUUCGGUCGUUCCGUGGACUCCUCGUCCCCUCGGGAAAAGGACAAGGAGUCGUUGAAGUCGAAGGAGGGCGCUUCGCCAAUGUCAGCUACGUCCAAGAGGGAAUCUAGCAAGUCGGACGAACAGAGCGUCGUCAGUCGGCAUAGCAAGGGCAAACGCAGCGUCGAUGCAACGAAAUCGACAGAUCGUCUGAGCUUGUUUGGAGGCACCUUCAGUGGAACCCUGGGCAAGUCACGGAAGCCCCCUCCCAGGUACUCCUCGAUCGUUGACAAUGCCGACCUAACUUCCGAAAAAUCUGGAAGCGGCUUCUCCAAGAUCUACGGCGGGGGCAAGAAGUCUUCGGGCCGACCGUCCACCGCGGACGGGUCUACUCCUCGCCAGAGCUUCAGGGACAAACCGAAGUCAAGUCCACCGAAGGAGGGUGAGAAAAGACCUGAGCGCUUACGCAAACGCACUAUCUCAAGUUCCGACGCAGUUGCUACAGCGCCGCGUGGCCUGGUGGGUAACCAACUGAAGCCCGGGCAGAGCGUCCUUGAACAGAUAGGCACACCCGAUCACAACGGGUGGAUGCGCAAGAAGGGCGAACGCUAUAACACGUGGAAACUCAGAUACUUCGUGUUGAAGGGGCCGCAUUUGUACUACAUGCGUAGCAACAGUAAAACCGAGACCAAGCUGAAGGGCUACAUCAAUAUCGUGGGCUAUAGGGUCGUAGCAGACGAGAACGUCGACCCUGGGCGUUACGGAUUCAAGAUCGUGCAUGAUACCGAGAGGUCGCACUUCUUCAGUUCAGACGAACAACUGGUCAUCCGUGAAUGGAUGAAAGCUCUGAUGAAGGCGACCAUCGGAAGGGACUAUACAAAACCCGUCGUUUCAUCAUGUAAUGUUCCUACAAUCCCACUCACUGUGGCGCAAGCUAUGAACCCGGCCCCUCGCCCACCGUCACCCGGUGCUCGGGCCGCCACGCAGAAGGCUCUUCGCCGUGAAAACCCCAAUCAGCUUUCGAGUCGUGACGCACGCAUCUUGAUGGGUUUGCCCUCUGCUGGGGGCACUGAGAAUAAGGAGCCUGACCGUGCGAGGUUGGACUCGGUCUUCGCAGAUGACGCGAGCCUGUCGAAUGGCGCCGAGCCUCACACUCCCAAGGCCAUGUCACCAAAGAGCCCGGUACCUCCACGGCCAUCAAGAGAGAUGCGCAGGAUGAGCACGCCACUAUCAGGAGGGGCCGGAGACAUCGAUCAAGAGCUAGUUGACUGGGCCAAUUCACAUUUGCCACAAAAUCUCCAUAUUACAGGCUCGGCAGGCUCGCUGUACGGCGGUCUUGCGCUCCUGAGGCUGGCUGAGUCGAUCAAGGGGAAGCCGUCGUCUCCUCCCGUGCCUGAUUCUGCAUUCCCGACCAAUCCGAGUGAUGACAAACUGGACGGGCUGUUUAGGCUCUUCGACUUCUUGCUCGAUAACGACGUGAAGAUGGGUACCGUGAGUAUCAACGACAUUCGUCAGGGUAAACGGGACAAGGUUGUCCAGCUUCUGAAAGCGCUGAAGGCUUGGGAAGACAAGAGAAAAAUCCUAGCGCAGUCCAUCAGCAAUCCUGUUGUACCUUCAGGGGCAUUCAUGGCAAUGGGCGGGCCAGCGGGACCGGGAGGAUUAUCAUGGGGUUACAGUGCAUAGACAGGGACUUCUUCGUUUUCAAUAGUUGCUACCGGACAUGCGUUAUAAUCUCAAAGAUCUGUAUUUAGCUCUAAUCCUGUGUAUACUCGGACUUUGCAGCAUGCGUACCUUGCAAAUUUUGACUGUUGUUUCCUA